AUGUCGAACCUCGCUGGGGUUUUACUUGCCUUCCUUUUCGUCGUCAGUUACGCUAACUAUGCCGAUCGGUAUGACCGAUCUAAAAUGCCAUGGGAUUUGCGACCUCGAGUGAUUUGCAGAGAUCUACCUCCACCCGAUCAAAUAGACUUCGCUAUCAACCCUGUCCCGAAAUUUGGAGCUCGUGCCAUUAACAUCACGUAA